UACUGAACAGUGCGGUAAGGCCGUCGUCAGUAACCAUGGCAACUAGACUUCAACAGGAAGCGUGCCGUCUUGACGGCUUUCAAACUCCAGUACGGCGAUAGACGCUGACUGCAAGUCGAGCGUCAUGGGUACUUUACUGACCAGGGUGGCCAAGUGGUCCUCGGAAGACAAACUGGAUUCCACGGCACUGAAUAGUCUGCUGCUGAAAGAUAUUAUGCUCUUUGUGGAGGACUUCAGUUCCCUGCAUCCGCAGGAGGCAGAGAUCUUGUUUGAGGAGCCGCUGCAGUGGACUAGCACUUUGGUGGCAUCUGACUUCGAAGCGGAUUAUGACAUUAACGAAUCAGGCGAAGUGGAGUCCCAGGAAAAAGAUGAGAAAGGCUGUCCAACUUUAACGCUCUCUCCUCCCAAUAUUUCCGUCCGUAACUUCAACCAGCUCUCCAAUCUCAUGAAUAUGGAAAAUGACAAGCGACAGAAUGAGGUUCAGGCGUGCAUUGAAGAAAACAGAACACCUUUGUUGAAGAUUCUUGGCGAAAACUAUGCCAACAUGCAAAAAGCUGUUAAGAUAGACAAAGGAGAAGGACACAAGCAAGAAUCUGACAUCAAAAUGAAGCUUCUCCGUCUUUUACUAGAUAUGGGCAAACAGACUAUUCGCAAGCUCCUCAAAGAAAUAUCAGACAAGUUCCGGCUCAACCCUACGUUUGUGGAACAAGAAGUGGAAUAUUUGCAGGGUCUUUGCGGUCCGGGGGAGAAUAGUGUGUUAAAGUCGGUUCAAUACACAUCAGACUACGAAUAUCCAAACGGAUGUCGCGCCCCUCUAUGGAGGCAGAUCGAAGGUGAGAUGUGUUACCUCAUCAUUGAGCCUUAUGACACGGAGACGCUUUACAUCACUUGCAGCAGUGCCGGAGUUUUUCUCAAUUUGGGUGUCAAGGAUGACGGAGACGAUGGCGCCUACAAGCAAGCGAGUGAAGUGUUCAAGAACGUGGUUACUCUGCUGAAGAACAAAUCACAACUCUUUGCUGAGAACUUGACCUCACAGGGUCCUCUGCGUACACCGAAAUUAGUGGACGCCCAGACACAACUGUCCCUAAAAAGGAUUAACAAGAGUGCCACGCCUUCUCAACGUGAAGAAGACAAAACAUCUGAAUUUGACGACACGCAAAAGGGAGCCAGGAGCAAGAAUAUUUCGCACUUCUCGGAGUCCUCAUACGCGGAACAACUGUCCUCGAUGAAACUAAAGUCCCAAUUACAACCAGGCGAGGUUUUCAGUGAGACUUCAUCUGAGAGCGAUCAGAGUUAUGAGGAAGAAGAGCAGCCGGCGCGCCGUCAACGAAACACAGAUUAUCCCUCGGAAUACUGGCAGAUCCAGAAACUGGUCAAGUACCUUCGGGCAGGCGACCAGACAGCCACUUUGCUGACUCUGUACGCCUUGAUGGACUACGACCUGACGCACGAGACGUAUCAUUUGGCCAUGCAGGAUUCAGGUGGCCUCAAAGUCCUUACUAACAUUCUCCAUUUGGACGAAGUUAAUCUUCAACUUGGAUCUCUGCAAAUCCUCCGAGACAUCAGCCACAAUGCCCAAACCCGCCGGGGCAUCGUUGACAACGGAGGCUUACGAAGCAUCGUGAAUGUCCUGGACUCACGAAACAAAGACGUGAAGGCCUUAGCUGCCGAGACCAUCGCUAAUCUAACCAGCUUCCGCAGGGCAAGGAGAACUGUUCGAAAGUACAACGGUAUUAGUAAACUCGUGAAGCUGCUGGACUGCGCCCCCGAUUUAGCAAAUGUGGAUGCAAAGCAGGAGAAGGAUGUCGAAGUGGCCCGCUUUGGGGUUUUAGCGCUUUGGAGCUGUAGCAGAAGUCCCAAAAACAAAGAGGCCAUCCAUAAAGCCGGCGGCAUCCCUCUACUGGGACGCCUGCUCAAGUCCCCGCAGAUGAACAUGCUCAUCCCGGUGGUGGGCAUUCUGCAGAACUGUGCCGACGAGGAGAGUUGCAAGGAUGCGAUUCAAACGGAGGGCAUGAUCAAAGAUUUGGUCCAGAACCUCGGCAUUGACAACGCUGAGCUACGGAUACAUUGCGCCAACGUCAUCUUCAAGUGUGCAGAAAACAAGCGGACGCGCACCUUAGUGAAUGAGAACAAAGGACUGCAGGCCCUGGUUUCACUUCUGGGCAAGACGGACAACAAAAAGCUCAUGGCCGCCGCCACCGGAGCCAUCUGGAAGUGUUCCCUCAGCCCGGAGAACCUCGAUGUGUUUCAAGAGCAUAAAGUCCUGGAGACCCUUAUUGGCCUUCUGACCAAUCAGCCCGAGGAGGUACUGGUUAAUGUGGUGGGAGCCUUGGCCGAGUUUGCGCAAAAACCUGCAAACAAGAUCACCAUCCGCAAAUGCGGCGGCCUCAAGCCGCUGGUCCGCCUACUCGUCGGAAGAAACGAGCCACUGUUGGUGAAUGUGACCAGGGUGGUGGAGGCCUGUGCCACAGAUCUGGACAACAUGGCGAUCAUUCAGGAGCUGGAUGCAAUCCGCUGGGUCUGGAGCUUGUUGAAAAACCCCAACCCAGAAGUUCAGUCCAGUGCCGCAUGGGCCCUUUGUCCAUGCAUCGAGAAUGCAAAGGAGGCAGGGGAAAUGGUGAGCACCCUGAUGGGCGCCAUGGAGCUGGUCAUCGAUUUGCUGAAGUCAACCAAUGACGACGUGCUGGCAAGCAUGUGCGCCGUCAUUGCCAAAAUCGCCAAAGACAAGUACAAUUUGGCAGUUCUGACCGAUUAUGAGGUGGUCUCGCUGCUGGCCAAGCUGACUGACAAACCCGGUGACCUGCUCCGCUGCCACCUGGCUCAGGCCAUCGCCCAAUGCUGCACGUGGCGCAACAACAGGGCCGCCUUCGGGGAGGCCGGAGUCGUGCCCCACCUGGCACUUUACUUAAAGUCAUCUGACAUGAAAGUCCGCCACAGUACAGUGAUGGCCCUGCACCAGCUGUCCAAGGAGUCCAACAAUUGUGUCAUCAUGCACAGCGAAGGAGUCGUGAAGCCUCUGAUCCACUUCAUGGGCUCUGAUGAUGAGAAGGUUCGCAACGCCGCCGCCGACUGCGUGCGCAACAUUCGUCUGCUCUUUCCAAACCAGUCUCGGGCCAAAAAAACAACACCAUGCAUGUAAUUGAACCAGGUGGCUAUAAAUAAAAUGUUAUGAUUAAAUCCAAA